AUGAAGUCAGCGGUCACGCUAGUGGAGUGCGUACGCCUCGUGGAACAAGAAACCCUCGUCGUAGUUCAGAUGCUUGUCAAAAUUAGCGAAACAGUAUUCGGCGAAAAAGUCGCAACGGUGACUGCAGAGACAACCGAAAAGCCACCAACUUUGAUUAAUGAAGAACAAAUUGAAACUAACGAUAAUAAAACAGAACCAAGUAUCGUUGAAAACAAAGACAAAUUUUCCAAACCAAGUAUCGUAGAAAACAAAGAAAAAUCCUCCAAACCAAGUUUCGUUGAAAACAAAGACAAAUUUUCCAAACCAAGUAUCGUUGAAAACAAAGAUAGAUCCUCCAAACCAAGUAUCGUUGAAAACAAAGAAAAAUCCUCCAAACCAAGUAUCGUUGAAAAAAAAGAUAAAUCGUCCAAACCAAGUAUCGUUGAAAACAAAGAUUCAUCCAAACCAAGUUUCGUUGAAAAUAAAGAUAAAUUGUCCAAACCAAAAAUCGUUGAAAACAAAGAUAAAUCUUCCAAACCAAGUUUCGUUGAAAACAAAGAUAAAUCGUCCAAAUCAAGUAUCGUUGAAAACAAAGAUUCAUCCAAACCAAGUAUCGUUGAAAGCAAAGAUAAAUCGUCCAAACCAAGUAUCGUUGAAACCAAAGAUAUAAAGGACAGUCAAAGAUCAACACAAAAACGCGAACGCCCUCAAGAAAAGGAUGAACUUGAACAAUCAUCAAACGUAAACAACCAGGCGAAAAAAAUACGCUUGGAAAAUAAUCAAAAAGCAACAAAUGAAAAACAAAAUACAUUAAAAUCUUCUGAUAAGGGAAAUUCUUCAGAAAGGCCCUCUAUAAGUGACACUAUUCUUGACAAAACUAGAGAAGUUCAAAAUAAAGAUAAUUCCCACAAAUCCAUUCCACAAAAAGAUAAAGUUCCGUCGGAAAAUAAUGCUGAUGAAGGUAAUGGUAAUGCAAAAGUUGGCUCAGGUGUAAAGCUGACAGAAGAAAGAGCUCAAGGUAAGGGAACUGUAGAAACAGCCGAGAAUGGAACACAGACAGAGACAGACAAUUUCAAACAUGAUCCAACCUUCGAACAACUUUUACAAUCUUGCGGUGUCAAACCUAAUGAAUCAUAUUAUCUGAAAAAUGGUCAGCAAAUUUUCAAUUUAGACGAUGUCAAAUUUGUCUACAACACAAUUAUAGAAAGCAAAAUAAAAUUCAAAAAUGUUUAUGAAGAAAUCAAAAUUAAUUUGAAAAAUGCAUUCGCUGCUGUAGGGCUGGAAGUUCCAGAAUUUUGUGGCGAUUUAUUGGCUCCUAUGUUAAAUACAUCUAAAGAGUAA